UUUAGCCCAUAUAAACAGUAUCUCUAAAUUCUUUGCGCGUCUUAUAAAUAAGACUACUCGCCGAUCAUUCAGUGUUAGAUUUUUGCUCAAGGAAUAAGCAGUAAAUUUUUUGCAUAAAAUUGUUUCACAUACAAAUACAAAAUGUUUGCAGUAUGCCAAGUUGGAUACCUUGCAGUUUUGACGGUCUUCGUUCUUAUACAAGAUGGACUUGCGCUCAAGUGUUACACGUGCAAUAAUAAUAAAAACACCGACUGUGGUCCCACCUUCACCAUGACGGGAGCGGCUGAGAAGGCUGCCCUCUUGGAGUGCAAGGGUGCAUACGCCGCCUGCCGGAAGUUCGUCAUUGACGAUACACCCAAACGUAGGUGUGGGUUGGUGCAAUGGCACUGUUAUUGUAACCCGAGAUUGCUACACCAUGAACGCAAGCGUUACCAUGGAUAUGUUAUGCACUGACAUCGUGCUGACAGGAAAGUCUUGCUAUUGCAACACCGAUGGAUGUAACAGCCAAACCGCUAACGUCGCGUCAUUGGCUAUUGUAUUCACCUCCCUGAUAAUGUUUUUCGUUUAUGCUCAAUUUUAUUAAUUAACACCCGCCAAAGGCGGAGGAUAUAGAAUUGACGUUGCCCGUCUGUCCGUCAGUCCGUCCUUCCGUCCGUCACAACACUUGUUAGAGCGAUAUCUCAGAAACUAUAUAAGAUAUUAACAUGAACCUUUCAUCAAUCUGUAUAGCUAUCAAUGAGGAGAAGUCCCAUGCACACGAACCAUAACAAUAUACUUUCUUUAAUAAAAAAUAUCGGUCUUUGCUUAUUGUGUAUGUUGUAACUUUUCAGGGCUAAAUCUCUGAUACCAUGCAAAACUUAAACAUGCAAUUUAAUGGGUGUAUUGAUAUAAAUGAGGAGCAUUGCCAUGCUUUAGAACCAUCAAUAAGGAGCAUUGUAAUUCAUAGAAACAAGCAUCCUAAAUUUGAUUAUUGUUAUGAUUAUACCGUAAAUUAAUGGAUGUGCACCCAUCCAUAAACAAAACUUAUUUACCGGGGGAUAUUAAUUUAAUGUAUUUGCUUGUAAUGUGAUCAAUUUUGUAUUACUGUUUUAAACAUUUGUUUACUCGUGUUAUAUUCAGAUUAUACCAUGACCAUUUUUUUUAAUAUGUAGCAUAUCGUUUACUAUGUAUUGACUUUUGUCGCUAAAACAAUGCACACGCGCAUGUUUCUAUAGUUAUAUGAUGUUGACUGAUGUAUAUUGUUUGCAGAACGUUUUUUAUCACACGAAAUACAUGUAGCUUUCUUGCAUAUUUGAAUGUUUUAUGUUCGAGGAUUAAAUGUUGUAAAUAGA